UUAUAUACACUGGUUACCGCCAAACCUUCAAAGGCAUCUCUAGCUCGAAACCAAGCACAGACCACAGAUCAGAUCGUGUCACACACACCAAUGGACUCCUCGUGCGACACGGCGUGCACCGCGGCCGCGACGCUGCCGCACGGGGCCUCGUCGCCGCCGACGCAGCCGCAGCCGGCGGUGGUGCUGAGCCCGUGCGCGGCGUGCAAGAUCCUCCGGCGCCGCUGCGUGGACCGGUGCGUGCUCGCGCCAUACUUCCCUCCCACCGAGCCCCACAAGUUCGCCACCGCGCACCGCGUCUUCGGCGCCAGCAACAUCAUCAAGCUCCUGCAGGAGCUGCCGGAGGAGCAGCGCGCGGACGCGGUGAGCAGCAUGGUGUACGAGGCGAGCGCGCGCAUCCGGGACCCCGUCUACGGCUGUGCCGGCGCCAUCUGCCAGCUGCAGAAGCAGGUCAGCGACCUCAAGGCGCAGCUCGCGCGCGCGCACGCCGAGCUCGCCGGCUCCCGCGCACAGCACGCGCACCUCCUCGCGCUCCUCUGCGUCGAGGUCGCCGCUGGCGGGCACCUCGCGUCGCCGGCCUACUGCGCGGCCAUGGACUACUCCUCGCAGCUCGUCGUCCCCACCUCGCAGGCCGCCAACGCGCUGUACGUUGUCGACGGCCUACAGGCCAGCCCCGUCGGCUGGGCCGACGAGCCGCUCUGGACAUGAGCUCGAUCAAGUCGCUCGCAAGCAGGUGUCGUUGGACGUCGAGAUAUUUAAUUACUAAGCUGAUCCGUAUAUGCAUAUAUGCAAUUAUACAGCAAAUGUGUGUAUGUGUGUAAGUUUACUCGAUGGAAUAAUACCAAGUUAACCAAAGGGUUUACUUGGUGGAGUUUCGGGCAGAGUUAUCGUUUCAGCUAUUUUCCUGUACCGUGUGAAUCUGAUAACUGGUAAUACUUCAACUAUACUGUAUGGAAGGCUAGGGCUAUGAUUUACAUGUUUGCAGCUAAGAAACAUGUAAUUAAUUCUAAAUACAGCA